UUUUGCUCUGUGCGCCUGUGACUGCAACCUAAAAAAACAACAAAAAAAACGUUUAAUAUCAAUUACAAAUGUGACGUGAGCUACCUUUACCAACUAGCUUCAAUCUUGACUAUACUUUCUAUUAUUCAGCUAACUUUUAGGAUUUCAAAUGAACAGUAGUCAAGACUACAUCGCAUCAUCACCUUGGUGGACGUAAAUUUGAGCAUACAUAAAAAUGAGGAAAAUUACAUCGUUAGCCCAUCUUCUUUGUCGAGAUAGUCUUUGAAGCAAAGUAAAGCAAAGAGCUUCCAUCUUUAUCCAACAUCAAAGCCCUCGUGUGUGCAGUCGGGCUCACAUCCUCUCCUUGCUCAUUUGGUAUUGCACGUAUAGGGCCAGUCAGUCACCCUCUUCCACCAUCACAAAAGCUGUGUCCAAAUAAUCAAGAGGAAAAUAGUGGCUGGUGCAUAACUACAAAAGUUUAACUGUUCACAAAAGGAAAAGUAAGGAGUAGAUCAUGCAAUUUGCAUUACUUUCACUCUGUCACAAGGUGUCAAAUGGCCUUAAUUGCUUAGAGGCAUAUGCUAUAUGUCAUAAUAUCAAGACAAAAUGAUCAUCUUUAUUUACAGUCAAGUAGUCUACUUUAUGCUUGAACACUGCCUGGAACAGUACCCUGCAGCGGCCCCUAACAUGUUGAAGCACUUUCAUCCCUAUGGGUGCGAUGCCCUGGUGUCAUGUCAAAGUCACAAGAUGGUGGAACACGGCCUUUUGUCUUGGUGCUGUGAGCAUGCUGUUUCCAAGAAGCCGUCACCUUGAUUUACACAUGGCUCACUCCGAGAGGGACCAGCCCUGCUCUCAAGACAAAAUCUGAUUGGCUGUGCUGAUUGAAGUGUAAAAAUGACAUAACUAAUACGGAUGAAUCACGAAGAAGAAGAAGCGCAUCACUAUCGUCAACCUGAUGCAAUCCAUUUUUCCUGAGAAAGAUAGCAGAUGAGUUAAAUGCAUUGAAACCUAAAAACGUCACGGAGUUUAAAUAGCGUAUGCGUCAUAAUUUUUAAACAAAAUUCCUAAAAAUAAUAUUAGCACCAAGGGCGUAGGUCUUCACAGGGACGGUAGGGACAUAACACUACCAACUUUUCAGGAUCCUCAAAUUGUCCCCACCAACUUUCAGGCAACCUUAUUUGUAUUGUAUAAUGAGUUCACUUAUGUAGGUAAUUUAGAUUCUCAUUUUUUUUAUGUUUUAAGGAUAGAACUGACCCUACUAUCAUUAAGUGAUAUAUUUAUAUUAUUUUCAGACUUACAUUUACAUUUACCCCUUUUCACUUGCUGAAUGUGCCGGACAAUUACAGUAUAUUGGUUCUGAACGUUGGUGAUAAAUUACUAGUGUACUAGUGUAUUACAUGUGCCGGUAUGAUAUUCUGCCGGUAUGAUAGCUUUAAACCAAAAUAUCACAGUUUCACGGUAUCGCAAUAUGGCAAUUACAGCUCUAAAAAAUUUUACUUUGAGUUAUCUGGGUUUAAAAAACAAAAAACAAAACUUGUUUUUCCAUUUAACUGGAUUUUAUUUUUCAAAACAUGAGUAAAUUGGAACAUAGGUAUAAUGUUAAAAUAAAUUAAAAAUAUAUACAUCGGUAUAUAUAUUUAUAUAUAUACUAAAUAAAAUUAAAAUACCGUAUUGGCCCGAAUAUAAGACGGCCCUGAUUAUAAGACGACCCCCUCUUUUUCAAGACUCAAGUUUGAAAAAAGACUUUUUGAACACCAAAUUAAUUUUUAUACAGAAAAUUACAGUACUUUCGAAACAAAUUAUUAUAACAAUAUAUUUGAGAGAAAAUCAUGUAAUUUUGCCUCAUUCCAAUCUUAAUAUCUGAACAUUUAAUUAUGUAAACUAAAGUGCAAUCACAUUCGUAAAUGAAUGGCUUCUGGUUUUUGAAAUGUAAAUAAACCAAUCUAUUGUGAUAAAACAACAAAAUUGCAAUAACUGCAUUAACCAUCAAAGUGAAUUCCAACUGUAAUUGUAGUCUUGAAACAAAUCUGAUUAAGACACACACCGACCAAUACCUUCUAUGGACAUCGGAACACCCAACUAUCCACAAACUAUCAGUAGUCAGAACACUAUAUGAACGUAUGACAAUAAUAAUGGACCCGGAAGACAGAACACAGGAAGAAAAACAUAUACAACAGGCAUUAAAAAGGUGUCAGUAUCCACAGUGGGCAAUAGAAAAAGGUGCAGGACAGGUCAAAAACAAGAACAACACAACACAGGGGGGAAGGAAAAAACAAACAAAACAAGAACACACAGAUAUGGGGACGUUGCCGUAUGUGAGGGGAGUCACGGAACGUAUCCAAAGGCUCAUGAAAAAAUACAACAUAAACACACCGGUCAAACCACACACAACACGCCACCAGAUAUUGGUCCACCCAAAGGACAAAAUCCAUCCAGAAAACAAAUGCAACUCAAUAUAUGAAAUUCCAUGCAAAUCAUGCAAUAAAUCAUACAUCGGGGAGACAGGGAGGAGCUUCAUUACGAGAAAAACAGAACACAAGAAGGAAUGUGAAAAGGAGACAACAAUGAGACAAACAAGGGCAAUAAAAGAACAAUCACAACAAGAACAUCACAAAUCAGCCAUCACCGAUCACUGCAAAAGGGGAAAACCACAUCUUGGACUGGGAAAAGGCCAGAGUCAUCCACACAGAAGAAAACAAACAUCAGCGCUGGAUCAGGGAGGCCAUUGAGAUCCGCAAGCGGGGCCCGAGGACCAUUAACAGGGACGAGGGGCAUCCAUGCUCUCUACGACCUGGAACAUCUUGGAAGAGUGAAUGGGCAGCAGAGGGCGUGACUCGCCUGUCAUUCUGGCAGGUGAGUCACGCCUUUAUCCAUCAGCUGAUAAAGACGCGUCACACCAACAUCAGUGUCCCUCUGACGAAGGCGGAAGUGCCCGCCGAAACAUGUCAGGUAAAUAAAACUACCUACUAUUUAAAAGAAAGGGUUUGACGAAAUUUGAAUAAGGAAAAACAUUGCAAUAAAAAAAUGCAAACUGGUUAAACUUGAGAGAAGCUGAGAUCUGUCAUGACAGAAAAUCGCUUCAAUGAUAUCUGGCGCCAUCCAGCGUCGUGAAUGGGGAGAGUAACUGAGAUCUGUCAUGACAGAACAUCACUUCAUUGAUAUCUAGCGCCAUCUAGCGUCGUGAAUGAGUAUAAUGUCUAGACCGCGAAUAUAAGACGACCCCCUCGCUUUCACUCUUAUUUCAAAUCAAAAAACAACAUCUUAUAUUCGGGCCAAUACGGUAUUUAACCUCCUAUGCAUGUUUGAUAGGCUGAUGACAUGCCCCCCCUCCCCACACAUACAUACAAACACAUGCACACCCACACAACCCCGACAAAAAUACAUGUCAACAACAUGCCGCCACCUGCGACCCCUUUGGAGAGGAGGGAUAUUAGAAUUUUUCUGGCCAGCAGCAGCUACUGUAAGAAAUGUAAAAGACGUCAGUGUUGUGGACAUUGGAAACACAUCACUAAUUUUGCUACUGAAAGUCCGACCUGCAUCAGAGUUAGCAUAACAUUAAACUGUGUGAACAUGCUAACGUGCAAAACUCGAGUGGCAAGCUGCUUAAAGAGAAAUGUCCUGUAUGUGUUUUCUGCUCUUAACGUUAUGAGUUUUUUUCAGUUAUAUUUAUUAAUUUAGACAGACAAUGUUGAGUGGUCUAAAGACAAAUGUUUAUUUUUUUUGCAUUCAUGGACAGUUAAGAUAUUUUUAAUAGGUUUGUAUUUAUUGUGUAUAUUGAAUUUGCUAAUAAAAUCCAGAAAUUUAUUCUGGAAGUUUUCAAGAAUGUUUCUUUAGUAGUUUUCGAAAACAAAGGUUUGAAUCAAACGGUGUAUCAGCUGAACCAAUACACAUGAUAGAGUAUAAGUCAAAACAGAUUUAUUUUGCAUUGAUCACUUGGCCUAUCAGUUAAUUAGGUUCAUAUUCAUGAGGAAUGUUGCCCUGACCCCGUUCACCCAAUCUGUUUGAGUUUAAUAAUUUCCCUUCCUAAGCAAAAAGUGUACACGCAGGUUAUGCUGUUAUAUCGUCCCUACCAAUGUUGAGACCAAACCUACGCCCUUGAUUAGCACUACUGUCAAAUCUUUUCUGGAUAAAAUUCAAUAUGAACUUUUAAAAGGUGCUGAUUUGUUUUAUUUGUAUCUAACUGGUACUUGUAUCAGCAGUCCGUAUGGGGCAAGGAAUCACAUUUGGAAGCAUCAUCUGCCCCAGGCUUUUUGCUCCUCAACCCUCCCAAGAGUGUUAUGUCCCACAGUGCCGUCCAGUGGUGAAUAGUAGUCAGCCCGCUUCCUCCUAACCCUCAUCAAGUCACCAGCGCGACAGUGAGAUUGCCUUCAAGCGGUCUUCAGACAGCUCUUUUGACCGAGCCAUGAUGCACAUCAGACAAUGCUUCUCAUCAAGACGAUUCUUGCCAGGUCAGGUACUUGAAAAAAACAGUCUCUUAUGCAUACCAACCUGGUAUCAAACCGCAGAGUAAAACCAGCCAAAAUAAAAGAAACAGCUUCUUAUAUGCAGAGCAGAGCCAUUGCGACCAUUGCUGGCUCUGAAGCACAGCAGAUAUAGCAGAUACAGAUACAGCAGAACCUCUAAAUCUGAAAAUGGCACAUUCGAAUGGAGAUUACACAGAAUCAUCACAUGUCAAUAAAGGUCUAUGGCAUUCAAAUCUUGACAGAAUGGUGUCACGUGUUACCAAAGUCUAUGCAGUGGCCGUCAGUCCCAAACACCCAGAAAAAAAUUGUCUGACACAUCAUCCCAGCGGCCUCCCCUCAUAAACAAUGCAAAUGUCACCCAUCUAUCAAGCUUCUAUCAAAUCUCCACAGAUCUGCAAUGAAUUUGGCACCGGGGACAUCAUUUUCGGGACAGAAUUGGACACAAAGCAGAAGAAUGACAGGAAAACAUCUUCCAGGAAAUGAUAGUCUGAAGAGCCUUUCUGUUUUUGAACUUCCAGUGUUCUGACUAAAUGAACUCAUCCAUGCUGAGUCCAGCAUCCAGACUCGUGUUUGCAUCUGAUGGAGACCUGACUAUUUCCUGGCGCAGACAAUGUGUUUUUUAGAAAUCCGCAAGUGGGGGCCCGAGGACCAUCAAGAGGGACGAGGGGGCGAACAUGCUCUCUUCUACCUGGACCAGCAUCCUGGAAGAGUGAAGGAACAGCAGAGGGCAUGACUCUCCUUUCAGUCUGACAGAUGAGUCGAGCCUUCAUCCAUCAGCUAAUAAAUGACACGUCACACCAACAUCAGUGACACUCUGAUGAAGGCAGAAGUAGUCGCCGAAAUAUGUCAGGCCCAGUGUGAUCAUGGGGACCCCUGGCUGUUGGUGAUUAAAACACACACUGCAGCAUAGUACACAUGGCACCCGAGAGGCACACGGACCUACGACCACCCUCUGGUCCAGUUCUCGGGAAUGGCUUAUGCACAAGUGUACCUUGGCUGUCUGAUCCCGCCCUCGUUGGGGGAGAGAACUGGUGCAGACUUGCGCCAGGCUGCACACACACACUGUAGCGGAGCAGACCUCUUUGGAGCAGCCCACCCCUCUGUGCAGUAUGCAUGUUGGCUGGCUUGGGAAAUUGCGGAGCUCUCACGUCCCAACAGCAGUGUACCUCGCCGGCCAUAGAACAUCUACACGAGAGUCGAGGAUAACACAUUUAGUUGGAUGUGACGGGGGGGCCACGGGCAGAAAUGCAGGAGUGAACAGGGGAGUAGAUUAUUAUUAGUAUUUAUUAUUAGUGUUAUUGUUGGUGUUAUUAUUAGGACUAGCAGGAGUACAAGCUGCCGCUCUCCUCUGAACGUGGACAAUCAUGCAUGUGCUCUUCUGGGGCUUGGGAUUCCUGCUAUUCCCUGAUUUAUUAACUGCAGACGCAUCCACGAGGACACUGCUAUUGAAGCCAAGUACAGUAAAAGAGGAGAUCGGCGCCUAUGAGAUUGUCACACCGGUGCGAGUGGACGGAGCCGGUGACAAGUUCCCAAGCAGCGUGCACUUUAAGAGGAAAAGGCGAAGUUUGGACACGAAUAGCGAAAACACGACGGAGCACUGGGCCUCUCCAAAUAUCCACUACAGGAUUUCUGCUUUUGGACAGAAUUAUCACCUCAACCUCACGCUGGACUCGGGAUUUAUCGCGCCCCUAUACACUGUGACAAUACUAGGAGUACUCAGAGGAGAUAACGUGACAGACUGGGAGGAUGAGAAUGAGGAGGAGGACACCGAAUUAAGACAUUGCUUUUAUAAAGGACAAGUCAAUGCGAAGUCGGAGCACGCCGCAGUCAUCAGUUUGUGCUCCGGACUGUUUGGUACCUUCAGGUCUCCAGAAGGGGAGUAUUUUGUUGAGCCCCUUCACAGCUAUCAAGGAGAACAUUAUGAAGAGGAAUACACAAAACCUCAUAUUGUGUACAGGAAGAGUGCGCCUGAAAAAGAUAAAUAUGGGGAGAGCUCAGCUUGUGACACUUCAGGACACAAACACAGGCAUAAGAGGCACAAGCUGAGAAAAAAGAAAACUGCUGGGGUGGCCUCGGACAAAGUGCAUGUUCCCAGGAUUGGUAUAUUAAGUGAUGUGGAGUUACUAAGUGCCCACCUGACCAGUGAUGCCCUGCACAGAUCAGAGAACAACACUGUUGGGGCAAAACUUGCAAACGAAAGCAGCAGUGAUGACUCAAGACCUCACAAACGCUCAAAGCGUUUCCUCUCAUUCCCGCGCUUUGUUGAAGUCAUGUUGGUGGCUGACAGCAAAAUGGUGGAACAUCACGGCAACAACCUUCAGCACUACAUACUCACUCUAAUGUCCAUAGUGUCUUCCAUCUACAAGGACCCCAGCAUUGGAAAUCUAAUUAACAUUGUGAUUGUGAAGUUAGUCAUAAUAAACAACGAGCAGGAUGGUCCCCAGGUUUCAUUUAAUGCACAAACCACCUUGAAGAACUUUUGCAUUUGGCAGCAUGGUCAAAAUGUGCUUGAUGAUAACCACCACUCACACCAUGACACAGCCAUCCUUAUCACAAGACAAGACAUUUGCAGAGCAAGGGACAAGUGUGACACUUUAGGACUGGCAGAGUUGGGCACAGUUUGCGAUCCGUACAGGAGCUGCAGCAUCAGCGAGGACAACGGCCUGAGCACAGCGUUCACCAUUGCUCAUGAACUUGGCCACGUGUUCAACAUGCCUCAUGAUGACAGCAAUAAGUGUAAAGAGGAUGGCGUCAAGGUUCAGCAACAUGUGAUGGCUCCCACACUUAACUACAACACAAAUCCUUGGAUGUGGUCCAAGUGUAGCAGGAAGUACAUCACAGAGUUUCUUGACACAGGCUAUGGUGAGUGCUUGUUGGACGAACCCGUUUCUAGGCCAUACACUCUGUCACAACAGCUGCCUGGACUAAUAUACAAUGUCAAUAAACAGUGUGAAUUGAUAUUUGGGCCAGGAACACAGGUGUGCCCUUAUAUGACUCAGUGUCGAAGGCUGUGGUGCACAAGCCCAGAGGGCGCCCAAAGGGGCUGCAGGACCCAGCAUAUGCCGUGGGCUGAUGGCACUGAUUGCUCCCCAGGAAAGCACUGCAAACACGGACUGUGUAUAGCCAAAGAGCACGAUGCCCAACCUGUGGAGGGCGCAUGGGGAGUUUGGAGUCCUUUCGGUACCUGUUCUCGGACAUGCGGUGGGGGCAUCAAGAUUGCUGAGCGCGAAUGCAACCGACCCGUGCCCAGGAAUGGAGGAAUGUACUGUGUAGGUCGUCGGAUGAAGUUUCGUUCCUGUAACUCUGAGCCAUGCUCCAAGCAGAAGAAAGAUUUCCGAGAGGAACAGUGUGCUGCUUUCGAUGGCAGGCAUUUCAACAUCAACGGUCUACCUCCUAAUGUUCGCUGGGUGCCUAAAUACAGUGGAAUCCUGAUGAAGGACAGAUGUAAGCUGUUCUGCAGGGUAGCAGGCAGCACGGUCUACUAUCAGCUCAGGGACCGGGUCACCGAUGGCACACCGUGUGGACCUGAUACUAACGAUAUCUGUGUCCAAGGAUUAUGCAGGCAAGCCGGCUGUGACCAUGUAUUAAACUCAAAGGCCAGGAGAGACAAGUGUGGUGUGUGUGGUGGUGACAACUCUUCUUGCAAAACGGUGGCAAACACUUUCAACAUUGUACGUUACGGCUACAAUGAAGUCGUGCGGAUACCCAGUGGUGCUACAAACAUAGAUGUUCGUCAACACAGUUACUCAGGGAUACCGGAGGAUGAUAACUACCUCGCCAUAUCAAAUAGCCGUGGAGAGUUCCUGCUUAAUGGAGCGUAUGUAGUCAGCGUGUUUAAAAGGGAAAUUAAAGUAGGAAACGCUGUCAUUGAGUACACUGGCUCUGACCAUGUUAUUGAGAGGAUUAAUUGCACUGAGCGCAUCGAAGAAGAGAUCAUCAUUCAGGUGCUGUCUGUGGGGGAACUUUACAACCCAGAUGUCAGGUACUCCUUCAACAUCCCCAUAGAGGAUAGACCUCAGCAGUUCUUCUGGGAUGCCUAUGGUCCGUGGCAGGAGUGUAGUCGACUGUGCCAAGGAGAGAGAAAGAGGAAGGUUCUCUGUAGCAGAGAGUCUGAUAGGGUGGUGGUGUCAGACCAGAGGUGUCAUGGUGUUGCACGACCUGCAGUCAUCCCUGAGCCCUGCAACACAGAAUGUGAACUCAGGUGGCAUGUUUCACGAAAGAGCGAGUGCACAGUUCAGUGUGGUCAGGGAUAUCGCACCCUGGACAUCUUUUGUGCGAAAAUUAGCCUCACAGAUGGAAAGACCCAGAAAGUUGACGAUCGCUACUGUAGCGGGCAGCGCAAACCUGAUGAUAAGGAAGCUUGCCAUGGAGACUGUAAUCCUGGAGGUUGGGAAUAUUCGUCCUGGUCAGAGUGCUCAAAGAGUUGUGGUGGGGGCACCCGCCGAAGAGGGGCAGUGUGUCGAAAGGCAGCAGGGGCAGAGGGCGAUGAGAGCAAGUGCAGUCAACGGGACAAGCUGGCCGUCCAACCCUGCAAUGAAUUCCUCUGUCCACAAUGGAAGACCGGAGACUGGUCAGAGUGCCUUGUAACAUGCGGAAAAGGCUAUAAGCACCGCCAGACGUGGUGUCAGUUUGGUGAAGAGCGUCUAGAUGACCGCUUCUGUGGUUCAUCAAAGCCUGAGUCAAUUCAAAUGUGUCAGCAGCAAGAGUGUGCCUCUUGGCAGGUUGGACCUUGGGGACAGUGCACUACCUCGUGUGGACUUGGAUACCAGAUGCGGGCUGUGAAGUGUGUCGUUGGAUCUUAUGGUGCUGUCAUGGAAGACACUGAAUGUAAUGCUGCCACUCGGCCCACUGAAACCCAGGACUGCGAACUGUCUCAGUGUCCAAAUAGUCAACCUAUUUUCCCAGAUACAAAAGUCCCCUCACAUCAAGGCCACAAAACCCAGUGGCGGUUUGGUUCGUGGACCCAGUGCAGUGCCAGUUGUGGCAAAGGGACCCGGAUGCGUUAUGUCAGUUGUCGUGACAGUCACGGUGGUGUGGCAGAAGAUUCAGCAUGUGCACAGCUCCCAAAACCUCCUGCCAGAGAAGUUUGCUCCGUUGUUGCAUGUGGGCAGUGGAAAGUGUUGGAGUGGACUGUGUGUUCGGUAACUUGUGGUCAAGGGAAGACAACACGGCAAGUGGUCUGUGUCAACUUCAGUGAACAAGAAGUGAGCGCCAGUGAGUGCGACCCAGAUGAUCGGCCCAACACAGAGCAAGACUGUGCCAUGUCUCAAUGCCCAUCCCACUCUGGUGAUUCCAGACCUCUUCCAUCCUCACCAAACAGCAGUGCCAGGAACAUCAUUCCUCAAAGCCAAUCCCACCAAUGGCGAACUGGACCUUGGGGAGCGUGCUCCAGCACAUGUGCAGGAGGCUUUCAGCGGCGAGUCGUAGUGUGCCAGGAUGAGAACGGCUACCCUGCCAACAGCUGUGAGGAUCGCAGCCGGCCCAGUGAGCAGCGAUCCUGUGAGUCGGGGCCAUGUCCGCAGUGGAUCUAUGGCAACUGGGGAGAGUGCACCAAACCAUGCGGAGGCGGGAUAAAGACGAGGCUGGUGGUAUGUCAACGUCCAAAUGGCGAGCGUUUCAACGAUCUGAGCUGCGAGAUUCACGACAAGCCACCGGAUCGGGAGCAGUGCAAUACUCAGCCGUGCCCGUCUAGCCCCCACUGGAGCACAGACCCAUGGAGCUCGUGCUCUGCCUCUUGUGGAAGAGGCUUCAAGUCCCGCAAGGUGCGCUGUUUGAGCAGCUUAGGCCGCUCUAUUGAAGAUGAAAACUGCAAGCACUUGAAACCCAAACCCAGCAAGCAGAGGCGCUGCCGAGGGGGCCGCUGUCCCAAGUGGAAGACUGGCAGUUGGGAGGAGUGUUCAGCAUCCUGCGGCGACGGCGUCCAAAAGCGGGAGGUCAUCUGCCAAGGUGGCACCCGGAGAAGACCGCUUGAGACCGACUGCCCCCAGCGCUCGCGCCCGGCGUCAAGUCAAAGCUGCCGGGUUGCUGAGUGUCCUUUGCGGUACCGCUGGAGAGAGGGAGACUGGCAGGCGUGCAGUAAAUCAUGUGGAUCAGGCCUCAGAAGUCGAGACUUACAAUGUAUUGACCACCUCAAGCAGGAGGUCCAUGAAAUGUACUGUGCCGACCAAAUUAGACCUCCAGAUAUAGAAAGCUGCAAUGCCCAAGCAUGUGAAUUUGUCUGGAUCACUGGAGAAUGGACUGAGUGUUCAGCCAGCUGUGGUCAGGGCUACCGCCAGCGUCUGAUCUCUUGCAGCGAGAUGCACACAGAGAAUGAUAACUAUGAGUACGGUCAUCAGUCUCUUUCCAACUGUCCAGGGACCCCACCUGAGAGGUAUAUGGCCUGUCAUCUUGAGCCAUGUCCUCCUCUGCAGGAGUGGAGAGUUGGGACAUGGGGAGCAUGCUCAGCGAGCUGUGGAGAUGGAGUGAUGGAGAGGGCGGUGCAGUGUAUGAAAGCAGAUGGGCAGCAAAGCAGAAAGUGUUCACUUGAUGUGAUGCCAGAAGCCAGAAAAGUCUGCAGAAACCCGAGAUGUGAGCUUUUUCUGGCAGGCCAUUUGCCUACAAGCUGCCAAGCUGCCCAGAACAUGGAUGGCAUGGUCCCGGAUGGAGAACUCUUAUUGAAUAUUCAAGGAAGUACUAUUAAGGUCUACUGUGCUGGAAUGCAGACAGUGAAUCCGCAGGAGUAUAUCACCUUGACAACAGGAGAGAGGGAAAAUUUUUCUGAGAUCUUUGGCUUCAGGCUCAAUGACCCCUCCCAGUGUCCAUCCAACGGGUCCAGUCGCGAGGACUGUGACUGCCGGCGGGACUAUUCUUCUGCGGGCUUCACCACCUUCUCGAAGGUCCGCCUGGACUUGAACAAGAUGAACAUCAUCACUACAGAUUGGCAGUUUGCGUUGACUCCUGAGGGCAACAAGAUUCCAUUUGGAACAGCUGGGGAUUGCUACAGCGCCUCCAAAUGUCCACAGGGGCGCUUCAACAUCAACCUCUCAGGAACAGGUUUUAAAUUAGCUCCAGACACCUUGUGGACCAGUCGAGGCAAUUAUGCUGUAGCCGAUAUAAGAAAAUCACAGGAUAGCAGCAGAGUAUCAGGAACAUGCGGAGGCUACUGUGGCAAAUGUACUCCAGCUUCGGCUUCCUUUCUGCACGUUACAGUGGCCUAGGUCCCACACAAGUGUCAGGUGUCUGCACAUAUGCAAUACGUUAUAUAAUAUUUACAAUACUUCGCCAUUACUCAAACCCUGUGGCAGCCUUUGUUCAGUUUAUUUGUCAGUCUGGUGCUCAUCAUGUCAUUAAAUCCAUGCACUUCAGUGUUACGUCCACCAAACAACUACAAUCCCUCCAUCUCAUGACCUCCUUUUUUAUUUUCAUGUUGUUUCAAUAAUUUUGUGUGGCCACUGUAAAUAAGUAUUCAGUAUGUGGAAUAUAUGUCUUAUUUAUUGUACCUGUUAAACUUUAUUUUCUCGGGGUUUAGGUCAUUGGCUAACACUGUGGUGCUUUUCAAUUACAGAUAAUUAUGCAUUUUAUACCUCUAAACUCUGCAUGAUAUGAAUUGGUUGAUUCAGAGAUUUUUUUAUGGUUUUUUAUUCUUAUAAGCAUUAUAAAACGGUUUACUUAGUCCAGACACUAUAUACUGUAUAUUGCUCAGCUGCUAUUUUACAGAAUAUUGAGAACAAUACUGUAUGUUGCUGCAUUGCCUCCUCACUCAACAAAUAUGCUAUUUGCUGUUGAAUGUGGUUUGAAUGGGUUCUGAAUUUAAAUUUAGGAUAAAGACACUUGGUUGGAGCAGUAUUGCAGCUAUGUUUAUGCAGCUGUUAGUACAGGAGUUACUGCAAGUGAGUUAGUGAUGGAGUCUUUUAGCCUAGAAUCAUAAAAAAAUAAUGAAUGGGGUGGAUGGACAUUAUACGUUUAAGUGAUUGAGGUCAAUUGUCUCAUGUUUCUCUCCACCAAUGUCAUCCAAGCGUGACUUUAUGUACAGCAAAGUUAUGCUGCAACAGAAAAGAAAAUCCCCAACAAUUCCACAAAUGUCAAAGUGAAAAAUUUAAUAUGAUUGUCUCAUUUGAAUAGCAGUUAAAUUUGCUUACUUUGUUUUACUUGUUAUGCCUUUUCAAAUGUUUUGUUUGUUUUGAAAUCUGAUUGGGUAAAAAGAGGAAGUAAGAAGCAAACGUUAUGCAAAAACAGAAAAAAAAAGGUUUGAAAUUGGAUUGGACAUUUCCAAACACAAUCUGCAACAAAUUCCACUUUGUUCUGGCAUCAGUGUCAAGUAGCAUCACAAAGUAACUCAAGAGGACACACAAGUUAUCUUCUCUGGUUUUGCUUGAAAGAAUUAUUUCACCUACGGUCAGUAAAACCAGUAGAUACCCCGCAGAUGUUCUCCACCACUCCGUCCACAGAAAGACCUCACAAGAAGUUCAUGCAGUGUGAGAUCUGACCAUGGGAAUUUUGUGAAGUGUUACCUUCUGUACUUUAUUGUACUUUUUUGUGCGUGUCGAACAUGUUCUUAUGCUGUUCCAGUGGUCCUGCCUAUUACCAUCACGUAUUGUCCUUCAUGAAGAAAUCAGAGUACAUUGUGUUUUUGAUUUUCCAAGUCCAUACCUCUCUCUGGGAAGAUGUAGCACCAUUUUACUGAAGCCUUUUACUGUUAUGAGCUUCCAUAAUACAAGUCUGCCACCAUAUCUAAGGACAUGGGACAUAUUCAUUUUACUGCACUUCUUAUUGUUAUAAUGUGCUUAUACAUAGCCAGCAGGCUCUCAGGUAACAUAAACGAAAGGGAUUAUUGUAAUGUCAAAAUCUAUUUAUCCUUUUUUCCUUCUAAUGCAAUUGCCAGAUGCUAAAAAGGUGUCUGUAAAUGUAUUGCUUCACUUAUUCUGCUGUGUCAUAUAUGCUUUAUUUGAAGUGCUAAUAUUUAUUUUACCUUGUCUUGUGAAUGUACAGUUUAUGGACUAGGAUUAUACAUGAAUAUAAUUUUUAAUGCAGUAUCCAAAUGUUUAUUGUUAUAUUUCAGAAAUCUGCCAUUUCCUUAUGAUUUGUGUACUGAAUUAGUUUCCUUAUGAGAAGGAUGAUUCACGUUAUAAAGACAGCAUAAGAAAAUGUUACAAGGAAAUAAAAUGUCAUAACACACAAGCAAUUACAAUCUCAUUGUGUUAAACAUCAAUACAGUAAAGUCUUAGUUUCAGAAUCACACUCACUGCAUUAUUUUAAUUUUAAGGGCCCAUUGCAAUCUUUAAAUUGAAAAGCCAUCAUGUCAUUAGAUUAGAUGUUUUUAAAGGGAUCCACGGAUAGAAAGACUUGUGCUGUAAUUUUCGCACUAUAAGGCGCGCCUGACUAUAAGCCGCCACCCACCAAACUUUACACAAAAACGACAUCUGUUCAUAGAUAAACCGCACCGGACGAUAAGCCGCCGCUGUCCCCACUAUAUUAUGGGAUAUUUACACUAAAAGAUAUUAACCGGUAACACUAUAUUUGACAGCGGCAUCAUAAGACUGUCA